UUUAUUCAUACGAUGAACGAAUUAAAAUUCUAUCUGAAUGGAUUUAAUAUGAAAAAAAUGACGGUUUAACUAUCAUUUAAUAAGACGUUUUGAAAACGUAUAACAAAGAUGAUGCCAUGCAAAAUGUUUACGUUUACUGUUCUGUUCAUACUUGUUCGAGUUGUCUGUACACAGGAGUGUUCAACAUGUCAGUGUUGUGCAGACGGCUAUCACCCAAAAUGUUCUAGUAGAGGCUACUGCAAUAACGGAUGUAUAGACGGGUAUUAUGGAGCAAAGUGUAACUACAAAUGUACUUCUCACAACUGCCUACGUUGUCAUCGACGUCAUGGUAAUAUCUGUUUAAAAUGUACAUUCGGAUACUAUUUGAACAACUAUAAUUGUUUUGACUGUCGACCACAAUGCCAAUCAUGCUCUUCAUACGGCUGCAACUCGUGUUAUGACGGCUACUGGGGAAACCCAUGUGAUACAAAAUGUGCGCAAAACUGUGUUUCGUGUAGUAAAUCGGAUGGUAAAUGUCUGUUCUGUGCUUCUGGAUACUUCUUUCAUGAUGGCAAAUGUAUCACUUGUGAUAUACACUGUGCAGUAUGUGGCACAAGAGGGUGUACAUCGUGUCAUGACGGAUACUGGGGUAGUUCAUGUGAUAAAAACUGUGCCCAAAACUGUGCUUCGUGUAGUAAAUCGGAUGGCUAUUGUCUGUCCUGUAGAUCUGGACACUACUUGAACAAUACUUUUUGUUAUGCUUGUGGAAUUCAUUGUUCUUCAUGUGAGUCAACCGGUUGUCAAGAUUGUUUGAACGGACGUUGGGGAGGUACAUGUGAAAAGUGUUGCCUGCAACGUUGUAGCGAAUCGAAAUGUGAACAGUCGAAUGGUUAUUGUUUGUCAUGUGUUCCUGGAUAUUGGGGAAACAAGUGUGAACAAUCAUGCAGACAUCAUUGUUUAGCAUGCAACAAAAGUAGUGGGGAAUGCAUAUCUUGUAAACAUGGAUAUUGGAGACAUCUGUGCACUGCGUGUGGAUCACGUUGUAAAGUGUGCAAUCAGAUAAAUGGAUGUUCGGACGUUGGAAAUACAAGUGAAAAACAGACCACAUUGACUGCAGCACUUGGAGGAGGUCUUGGUGGAGGCUUUAUGGCGCUCAUUAUCCUUGCAAUCAUCGCAAUGCUUUGGUUUCAUAACAGGCGAAGGUCGAACACGGAACACAAUGAUUUGCGACACAAUGAUUCUCUUCAUGAGGCCCAAGGAGAUUAUACCACAGUGGAUGCUAAUCUUCGUGGGGUUGAGCUCAAUGAUCUUAGGUAUGAGACACUAAAAGGAACAGAUGUUCACACGAUGGAUCAAACAACUGACUAUUCAAACGUAUCUGAAAAAGUAAACGACAACAACACCUACCAAAACGUUCUUGGCGGAUCAUUAUCUGAUUGAGUCUUAACAAAGAAAGACUGAGUUUCCAAUGGUGAUGGCAGCAACAGUGAUCAGACGAAAGUCAAAAAGGACACACACGAAAAACAGUUAUUUCUCAUAGUGUAAAUUCAAGUUUGCAAGUCAAAUAUUGUAUGAUAUAAUUUUAUGUAAAUCCGAAUUGUUCAACAUUUCUUAGUACGUAUACUAUUGCAUGUAUUGCAUUUCGUUAUUAACAUCAUAAUACAUGUUGACGGUUAUACAGACACUGACUUUGUUCCAGAUAAAAAGAGAUUGAUAUAUGUAACAAAUUGUAUGUAU